AGGACGUGAUAAUGCAAGAGAAUCGACUGUAUUUGGUGUUUGAGUUCUUGUCGAUGGAUCUGAAGAAGUAUUUGGACUCAUUUCCCAACAAUAAACUCAUGGAUGAAAGUCUAGUAAAAAGCUAUUUCUAUCAAAUAUUGGACGCAAUAGUGUUCUGUCAUUCGCGACGUGUAAUCCAUCGGGAUUUAAAGCCACAGAAUCUACUGCUCGACUCCAAAGGUGUCAUAAAACUGGCCGACUUUGGUUUGGCCCGAGCUUUCGGUAUACCUGUGCGCGUCUACACCCAUGAAGUGGUCACUCUUUGGUAUCGCGCGCCCGAAGUUCUAUUGGGUGGUCAGCGGUACUCAACACCGGUUGAUAUCUGGAGUAUUGGCUGCAUAUUCGCAGAGAUGGCCAACAAAAACCCUUUAUUUCACGGCGACUCUGAAAUCGAUCAGUUGUUCAGAAUAUUUCGAACUCUGGGCACUCCCGAUGAGGAAUGUUGGCCGGGAGUGACACAAAUGCCAGACUAUAAGCAGUCGUUCCCACUUUGGAAGAAAAACAUUAUCGGG